CUUCAGCACUGGCAUCCUCUUUCCUCUCUUCUUCCUCCUCUCAUUUCUCUCUUUUCCAUUUCCCUUAGCCAACCAUAUUCCGGCGAAGUAGCCGGUCGGUUUUUUCUGUUGGGGUUGCCGGAGAAUUUCGGUUUCUCCGUCAUUUUUUUGCUUUCUUAAAGAUCUCUUCUUUUGAAACUUGAGAGUUUCGUUUUUGUGCAUUGGAGACAAAGAAAUGGAUGGGACUAAAGAGAUGGGACUUAGAAAUGUGAGCUCAACCUGCUCAAUCUCCGAAAUGGAUGAUUAUGAUCUGUCACGCCUUCUUGACAAGCCAAGGCUUAACAUAGAGAGGCAAAGAUCAUUUGAUGAGAGGUCACUAAGUGAGCUCUCUAUCGGUCUCACAAGAGGAAGCUAUGACAAUUAUGAGACCACCCACUCGCCUGGUGGGAGAUCAGGUUUUGAUACUCCGGCUUCAUCAGCUAGAAACUCCUUUGAACCUCACCCCAUGGUGGCUGAAGCAUGGGAAGCUCUCAGGAGAUCAUUGGUGCAUUUCAGAGGCCAACCCGUUGGUACCAUUGCCGCAUAUGAUCAUGCUUCGGAGGAAGUUUUGAACUAUGAUCAGGUUUUUGUUAGAGAUUUUGUACCCAGUGCUCUGGCUUUUCUGAUGAAUGGAGAGCCUGAGAUAGUUAAGAACUUCCUCUUGAAGACCCUACAACUUCAAGGGUGGGAGAAAAGAAUAGAUAGAUUCAAGCUAGGGGAAGGUGCAAUGCCAGCUAGCUUCAAAGUGCUUCAUGAUCCUGUACGUAAAACAGACACGAUUAUUGCAGAUUUUGGAGAGAGUGCCAUUGGACGAGUUGCUCCAGUUGACUCUGGAUUUUGGUGGAUAAUUCUGCUCCGUGCGUAUACAAAAUCUACGGGGGAUUUAUCUCUUGCUGAGACACCUGAGUGUCAAAAAGGGAUGAGGCUCAUACUUACUCUGUGUCUAUCAGAAGGAUUUGAUACAUUCCCAACCCUACUUUGUGCUGAUGGAUGCUCUAUGAUUGAUCGAAGAAUGGGUAUUUAUGGUUAUCCUAUUGAAAUUCAAGCACUUUUCUUUAUGGCGUUGAGGUGUGCUUUAUCAAUGCUGAAGCAUGAUGCGGAAGGAAAAGAGUGCAUUGAAAGAAUUGUAAAGCGUUUGCAUGCCUUGAGUUAUCACAUGCGCAAUUACUUUUGGCUUGACUUUCAACAACUAAAUGAUAUUUACAGAUAUAAAACUGAAGAAUAUUCUCACACAGCAGUAAAUAAGUUUAAUGUUAUUCCUGAUUCAAUCCCAGACUGGGUAUUUGAUUUUAUGCCAACACGAGGUGGCUACUUUAUUGGUAAUGUUAGUCCUGCAAGGAUGGAUUUCCGGUGGUUUUGUUUAGGUAACUGUAUAGCAAUCCUAUCUUCUCUUGCAACUCCAGAGCAAUCAAUGGCUAUAAUGGACCUUAUUGAAGCCCGCUGGGAUGAGCUUGUUGGAGAAAUGCCUUUAAAAAUAGCUUAUCCUGCAAUAGAAAGUCAUGAAUGGAAAAUUGUCACUGGUUGUGACCCUAAGAACACGAGAUGGAGUUAUCACAAUGGAGGAUCCUGGCCAGUGCUUUUGUGGUUGCUAACUGCUGCUUGCAUCAAGACGGGAAGGCCACAAAUUGCGAGACGAGCUAUUGAUCUUGCUGAGACACGUUUGCUGAAAGAUAGCUGGCCAGAAUAUUAUGAUGGCACACUUGGGAGAUUUAUUGGUAAACAGGCUCGGAAGUAUCAGACAUGGUCAAUAGCUGGAUAUUUAGUGGCAAAAAUGAUGCUAGAGGAUCCAUCUCACUUGGGGAUGAUUUCUCUGGAAGAGGACAAGCAGAUGAAGCCAUUGAUAAAGAGAUCAUCUUCUUGGAAUUGCUAAGAAAUUGCAAACAAAACAGAAGAAAGCAGCAGGAAAAGGUAGGGUGAAAGACAGAAGGCAAAAGACCUUCAAAUUUCAUUAUAACACUAUUCUUUGGCGUUUGGCCAUUUAGGUCUGAUUUAAAAGUUUGCUUUUGUGUAUCCAUAGCAGGGUUGCUAAGACAAAUUUCUUGCUUUUACAAUAAAAGAUACAUUUUGCUGUUUGAGGUCACAUUUCAUCCGAUCUUUUAAGGCCUAUAUGGCAAGGGAAAUUUUCUAUCUAUUUUUCGAGGACAAUGAACAUGAUGAGACUGGAUAUAUGUUUAUAUGGACAUUCUUCAAUUCUA